CCGUCGCUCCUUUAAUGACGUCGUAAGUGCGCGAGUCAAACGUAAUUGUUACCACAGCGGCCUGUGUGUGUUUUCACCCGAUCGCUGCAAUUUUUCUCUUUGGUGGAGGAUUUGUCUCUACAGUCCAUCACCAUCAUGAAACUAGUCAGGUUUUUGAUGAAGCUCAGCCAUGAGACUGUUACCAUCGAGCUGAAGAACGGCACUCAGGUCCACGGCACCAUCACAGGUGUCGACGUGAGCAUGAACACCCACCUGAAGGCGGUGAAAAUGACCCUGAAAAACCGGGAACCCACUCAGCUGGAGUCGCUGAGUAUCCGUGGCAACAACAUCCGCUAUUUUAUCCUGCCGGACAGCCUCCCGUUGGACACCUUGUUGGUCGACAUCGAGCCAAAGAUCAAGUCCAAGAAGCGAGAAGCAGUGGCUGGACGGGGGCGAGGCAGAGGACGAGGACGUGGCAGAGGAAGAGGAAGAGGACGGGGUGGACCAAGGAGAUGAUCCAAAGGCCUUAAAGCUGCAUCUCACCAUCCACUGUUUGUACAGGAAUUUUUUUUUUUUUUUUUUUUUUUUUUUUUUUUUUUUUUUUUCCCCCCCCCACAAUUUGCUCAAAGGAAACAGUUUGUGAAUUUCAGUGUGUUUUUCAUUAUUUUGUACAUUAAAAAUGUUCCUCAUUAAGAGGAUAAACUUGACUCCAGUGCAUUAUUACAAUACCUGUGUGACAGGGGUUCAGGUUAAACUUUUGUUCUUUAUUUACAAGGUUGAAUAAAGUUUCUUUGUACCGAAA